UUUUCCACGCAACGCGCGACCGACCGCAGGAACCUCCCCGCAUGCCCUCCGAAGCCUGCCCCGACUUCACUGCAUCUCUUCGUUUUUUCAACUACGUCGUUUGACGCUGGGCACAGGCGCUGCAGUGCAGCGCGCUUGCGAAAGAAGGCGUAUUUUUGUGUGCGUGUGUGCGCGUUUCGUUUUUUACGCGGUCUGCCGCGAUGAUUGGUGUGUGUGCGUGCGCGUCCGUGGCCUUGCGGUGUACGGCCUAGCUCAGCCGUUUUCUUUCUUUCUUGUUUUUUUUUUUUUUUCGUGCGUGUGCGUGUGUGUGUGUGGCUCGAAGUGAUGGAUUUCGCCUGUUGUUUACGCGCUCUUAGUUUUUACAGUGGAAACUUACGGACCGGCCGGAAUGUCGGUAAGGCCGUAGCACGAUGACGCUGUUCUGAAGGCCCGAGGAGACCAUCGACUACGUGAAACAGCCAUGGUCACCGGCGACAUACAAUGCCCUCUGGGCAUACGCGACAUCCCGCAAAAGUAUUCGCACAUCUUCCGAAAGAAGAGGACCUGGGAGCUGGUGAUGCUCAGCGGAGCCGUUUGCGGCAUUGAGCUGUGCUACGCCGCAGAGACGGCCUUCAUCGGCCCCAUACUGUUGGGCCUCGGGAUUCCCAUCUCUUUCGUGGCGCUCACCAUGUGUCUCAGCCCAGCGCUGGGCUUCUUCAUCACGCCGCUGCUGGGCUCAAUGAGCGACACGUGCGCGUCUCGCAUCGGCCGCCGGCGGCCUUUCAUCGUACUCCUCUCGCUGGGCAUGCUGCUGGGCCUGAUACUCCUGCCCAACGGCCAGGACUUUGGCAUAGCGCUCGGCGACAGUGGGACGGACGAGCAGCUUCUAGGAAAAGGCAGCGUCGUGAUUCCGGAAGGCAACUCUGCGAACGUUCUCUCUCUGCCCUCGAGCAACUCGACUGCCGGGGUUGACCCAAGCCAUGCCUGGUCCACGCACAGCCGAGGCAUUGCGUUCACCAUCGUGGGCUUCAUAUUUUUGGACAUGUGCUGUGACGCGUGCCAGUCACCGGCCAGGAGCUACGUACUCGAUGUCACAAUCGUGUCGGACCACGCGCGGGCGCUAUCUAUGUUCACCGUUUUAUCGGGCCUCUCUGGUGCUGUCGGCUACAUCAUGGGCGGCAUCGACUGGGAAAGCACAACGGUCGGAGCCAGUCUGGGCGGACACGUCAAGACUGUGUUCGGCAUCGUCGGCGCAUUCUUUGUCGUCUGCAUCGUGGUGACACUCACGAGCUUCCGCGAGAUGCCGCUGCACGUCGUAAGGGCGGCCACGGCGGCCGGUUACUUUGACCAAGAUGGGAGCCGCGGCGACUAUCAGAGGUUCGCCAACGACGAUGCCAACGGAUGCGAGGAGACAGAGAGCAUGGAGCUCGCGAGGCGCAAGUCGAACAGCCCGUUCAAAGCCGGAGACAAGAGCGCGGAAGAGGAGGAAUCUCCGACGAUGAAGGCUUACCUCCUCUCCAUAAUCUACAUGCCUAGGUCCAUGAUGGUACUGUGCUUGACCAACCUGUUCUGCUGGAUGGCACUGGUCAGCUAUUCGCUGUUUCUCACGGACUUCGUGGGCGCCGUGGUUUACGGCGGAGACCCUGUGGCGCACAUGGGCACAGAGUCCUAUCGCCUCUACCAGAGUGGAGUGCGACUGGGCUGCUUCGGCCUGGCCAUCGACUCCGUCACCUGCGCGUUGUACUCCCUCUUCAUCGAGAAACUUGUGGACCGCUUCGGUGCCAAGCCAAUAUACGUCUUAGGCCAGGCGGUCUACUCCGUGGGCGUGGCACUGCUUGCCCUUUUCCGCACCAAGGCGGCCGUGCUGCUGGUGUCCCCCGCGGCGGGUCUCCUAUACGCCACCCAGUUCACGAUGCCCUUCAUCCUUGUGGCACACUACCACAGCUCGAAAAUGGUGGAGGCUGGCACCGACUGGUCCGAGCGCGGCCUGGGCACUGAUAUCGCGCUCGUUAGCAGCAUGAUGUUUCCGGCCCAGUUGCUUCUGUCGCUGUGCGCUGGGCCUAUGGUUCGACUCUUCGGAGGGUCGCCGACUGUCAUCAUGUACGGCGCGGCGCUGGUCAGCGCUUGCGGGGCGCUGUGCGCCACGCGCGUCACCUACCACAGAUUGAGCUGAACGUAUACACCAGGAAUGAACGCUUUGUGUGGCGCGAUUCCAUUGCACAUCAUCAGCGCUGCAACCUGAAGACACGUGCGUUUGACCACCGGAUUUAACUGGAGAAUGCGCACGUGCCUAAAGCGCAAGAGUGGCAUGCUGCGCUUCAGUCGCUCAUUCCUCACAAACUCAAUUUUUGAAGCAAAGUGAGAGGUAAUAGAGCCGGAACCGGUAAUAUACAACCGGUUUCAUUGACAGUUGACUGUUUGUCACCUACCGCGUUUCAAGUUAGCGGGUUUUGAUUGAUACCUUUGCUUUCCAACUUGCGAAGAAUUAUGUGCGCCUGUUCUGAACGUGCCACCCACCGCUUCAAAACGAGACAGUGCAGCUUACCGCAGAUAAUGUUCAUCGGCUGGUCUUCUUCUCCCCAGCGAUUAUCGCGGUUUCUUCAAACGGUACAGCCAUAUCCUAUCUCACCUGAAAGAUAUGUGUAUGUGCAUGCGUCGCCGCUGAAUCACCAGUCACCAGUCGUGGUGUCAGUGUUCACCAGAGCAUCACAAAAUUUGCAUACCCAACAUAGCCAUAAGCAGUCAUCUCCUGAAUGAUGGGAGUUGCGGCCUGUCCGCUGUAUUCGCAUAGCUAGUCACAUUUGACAAGUAGUAAACUAAACCAAACAAAUGUAUGCUUGAAAUGCAGCUCAUGAGAGCCCCGUUCGGGCAUUUAUAAACAUCAUUCGAAACGACCUCAUAAAUUGAUUACAUUAGAGCCUAACUUCCAGAAGCAUCGUCGUCAACAGUUUAAAACGUGCAAGCAAAUAAAAAUGAAUGAAAGUAAUGACCUGCGGCCUCUGGUCCAGGCAGUAAGCUUUAAUGUACGCAAGCACAUGAGUGCAUCCGUUACGUAUCUCAGGAACACGUCUGCUUAUCUAGAAUAUGUUGUGCAAGAAAAAGCGUCAGGCGCGCUCACAACACCAGCGCACAUAUUCAUGCGCUUCACAUAUUGUGCACCUACUACCACGUAUGCUGCAAAUAACGGGCAGAUUUGUAAGCGUUGGCCGUAUGGUUAGAUAUUCAGCGACCAUGUCUGAAGAUAAAACCCAACGUGAAGCAAGUGUAUGAGGCCGAUGCUAAAACAGUAUAUUUGCGCAUCAUUUGCGGUCAUUUUUGCGCAUAAUUGGCACCGACAGCUUUGACGUUAGUUCCGUUCUUGCAUUCAUUAGGACGGUGACAAGAUCAAUUAUAAUGAAAAACAAUUCUUUGCUAAGAUGUAAGCGACCCGUACUUAGGUGCAGACAUGUAAAGGCCAGGAUCAUAAGAAGGACGAGGAGUUUCCGUACGUGUGCUUCUAUGAAAGAAACGAGUCAACUAUGUCGGAUGCCACGAGUGCAAUAUGUAUACAUCUUGAUAAUUACGUCUGUGGAUAGGCUCUUCAGCGCUGUGCUCACUGCACUGACAAGUUAAUGGCAGUGCCAAGUUACAAGAUCGCCACUGAAGUAAACAAGCCCACGGUCCUAUUAUGUUUACACGCAUCCAGAAACGGCCCCAUACUUCAUGUUCCGAGGUUAAAGUCUAUGUGCAAAGGAUGCUCGCAACUGACGUAUUUCUUCGCCGCCACGCGACUCAAGGGAAAUAUCACCCCUAUGCGUUGCUCAAACCCGCGUCGUACCUAUGUUAGGGCAUUGGUAAAACCUAGUCUUGGCAAUGAAAUGCUUAGGCGCUGUUGCAUCGUGGCGAGAACCUUUCUCAAUGCGGCGGAUGCGAUGCACGAGACUGCGCAAGGAUGCCAUCGAUAGCACGCUUUUCGUGCAGGGCGGGGAUAUACCUGUCAGGAGCUGUCAUACGCAACACCGCUGCGCCAGUGAACGUGGUGUUGUGCACUUGUGCACAGAGCGCCCCAGAGACAGUGAUCGCAAAAGACGCGCCUUCGUCGCGCAACUUCCAGAUUUUAGUCCCUCGCUGAGGUUUUACCACCCAUUUUAGUCCAGGCAGCUUCAUUUUCCUUGUCACAACCAUAUUUUGUCCUAUUGUGAAUGAAGCACCGAGGCACCGCGGCAAACUUGAUUGCAACGGCGCUUGCUGUGACGCUAUAUACGACAAAACGCAGCUGUCAACAUCCGCAUCCGGACAAACUUAAAUUUUACGACGCGCCAAGGAAUGCCUCUAGCGUGUUUACGGAAGGUCAUCUGGAAAACCUCUCCAGCCAGCUGCUCAAGUUUAAGGUCCUUAAACUCUCGAUGAGACAAACUCGCGCCAUAUAUUUCGGGUGUCACGCAGAGAACUGUAUAACCCUCGUCAGUAUAUAGUCAGUGUCGUGGAGUAUUGAGAUGUCACUGUAAAAUGCCGAAUGCCGCAUGUAUACCUCUUUGAAACCCUGUAUAAGUGUUGCGUUAUUACAACAGAAUGUGCCAAAAGAGCUGAAAUGUACCCCAACGUAGCUUUUACAGUAUUCCAAUGUAUUUCCGGUGUAGUUUGUGUGUUGUGCCUCCGUUUAUUUCUCGUAAAUUGUCCGGAAGCAGUGCACAGAUGAGGAAGUGCAAGUGCUUACACUGCGCACGAAGGAAAACGAAAGUUUUACAUCCGCGAAUGAACCUCACAGUAUUUGUAUAUGUUUGUCUUGAGUUCCAAAAUAAAAACUGCGGCUUUG